AUGAAGGAGACUUGCGGAAAUUAUUUGGAGAACCAGCCGCAAAGGCACUACGGGGUCACUGCUCCAAUUAGCUUGGCUCCUCCAAGGGAAAUAGAUUACAUCCACACACAGAAGCUGACUGAAGCCAUGAAGCCUUUUGGUGUAUUUGAAGAUGAGGAAGAGCUUGGUCGCAGGAUAGUUGUUCUCAGUAAACUAAAUAAUUUGGUCAGAGAGUGGAUUGUGGAGGUUGCAGAGAAGAAGAACCUCCCAUCUUCAGUCUCAUCACGUUGUGGUGGCAAGAUUUUUACGUUUGGUUCCUAUCGGCUUGGAGUCCACACAAAAGGUGCUGAUAUAGAUGCUCUCUGUGUUGCCCCUAGACAUGUGGAAAGGUCGGACUUCUUCCAGUUGUUCUUUGAGAAGCUAAAGCUCAAAGAUGGCAUCAGGAACUUAAGAGCAGUAGAAGAUGCAUAUGUACCAGUCAUCAAGUUUGAAUUUGAUGGUAUUGAGAUCGAUCUUGUCUUUGCGAGGCUGGCUGUGCCAAUCUUGUCUGAUAACCUGGAUCUUCGGGACAACUCGCAUCUGGGAAGCCUCGAUAUAAGGUGUAUUCGGAGCUUAAAUGGUUGCAGAGUCACUGAUGAAAUACUUCAUUUAGUACCAGACAAGGAGAACUUCAGGCUGACGCUCAGAGCAAUUAAACUGUGGGCAAAACGGCGUGGGAUUUAUUCAAAUAUGCUGGGAUUUCUUGGUGGUGUUUCUUGGGCCAUGCUGGUGGCAAGGACGUGUCAGCUGUAUCCGAAUGCCUUGGCCUCAACGCUGGUUCAUAAAUUCUUCCUGGUUUUCUCCAGGUGGGAAUGGCCCAAUCCAGUCUUGUUGAAAGAGCCCGAAGAGAGCAACCUCAACUUGCCAGCCUGGGACCCCAGGGUAAAUCCAUCAGACAGGUAUCACCUGAUGCCCAUCAUCACCCCAGCAUAUCCACAACAGAACUCCACGUAUAAUGUGUCAACUUCAACCAGAGCGGUAAUGGUAGAAGAAUUCAAAUACGGUCUUGUGGUUACAGACGAGAUUCUUCAAGGAAAAUCAGACUGGUCAAAGCUGCUUGAGCCGUCCAACUUCUUUCAAAAGUACAAGCAUUACAUUGUGUUGACUGCCAGUUCCUCAACUGAAGAGCACCAUUUGGAAUGGGUCGGCCUGGUAGAAUCGAAAAUCCGCGUGCUUGUUGGAAACAUGGAACGGAAUGAAUGUAUUGCAAUCGCCCAAGUAAAUCCGCAGUCCUUCCAAGGGAGUAAAGAAAAAUUCAAAGAGAGCGACUUUGUGUCUGUAUGGUUUCUGGGGAUACUUUUUAAGAAAGCGGAGAAUGCCGAGAGUGUCUGCGUUGACUUAACCUACGAUAUCCAGUCGUUCACGGACACAGUUUAUAGGCAGGCAAAUAAUAUCAGCCUGUUGAAAGAAGGCAUGAAGAUCGAAGCUACUCACGUGAGGAAGAAACAGCUCCACUAUUACUUGCCUGCAGACGUCUUGCAGAAGAGAAAAAAGAGUAUGCCAGACAUAGGCCAACACAUUGGUGGACCUUUGUUGAGAAACACACCUGUGGAUGACGGCUACUUGGGAAGAUACAGGGAUGUAGGCGUUGGGACACAAUCCAGGGCUCUUCCCCCUUUCAGCAGCAUGGCAAAACCCAACAGCAGUUCUUCAAAAGAAGCAGAAAGGAAUGCUGUCUUUCAAAGUACCACCAUCUAUACUAACAGAGAGAAGCCACUGAACGUCCUUCAGCCUUUGAUGCCUUCUCAAGGUUUGUCCAUUCCGGUAGUUGGUGCAGAGCCGGAUUCCACAGUUGCAGACAACAUGGCUGCACCUCCUCCAAGCACCUACAGUAUCUCCAAGGCUGUAGAGCAAAAUGUGGCUCCCACAACUGCUCAUAACCAACGGCAGCAUCUGGACGGACUGGCUUCUGCAAGCGUGAAAAACAUAUCCGUGAACAAGAGAGGUCACGCACCUGCCUUGCAAGAUGGGUUCAAACGACUGAAAGAUGUAGAAAGGCGCAGCCUCGGAGACACCACACUGGUUCCAACUUCUGGCACAUUAAGAUCACAGCGGCUUUCCAGUAAAGAGUUACCAGAUUCAUCCUCUCCAAUUCCAGCAAGCGGAGUUCGUGUUGUUAAAAACUCCAUCAGGCUGACGCUCAACCGAUAGCAGGCGCCUCGUCGGGCAAUGUUAAGUGCAAUGUGUUUUUAAU